UCAUAACAGGACUGCAGUCGGUGCAGCUCCAGUUUCACCUCCGGGACUCAGCGCCGCAUCUCCUCACCAAUGGCAGCUCCGAAGAAAGUCUGCAUCGUGGGCUCCGGAAACUGGGGCUCUGCUAUUGCCAAGAUUGUUGGUGCCAAUGUUGCUCAAAAUCCCAAAUUUGACAACACUGUAAAAAUGUGGGUGUUUGAGGAGACUGUGAACGGGCGCAAGCUGACCGAAAUAAUUAACACCAGCCAUGAAAAUGUGAAGUACCUCCCUGGGCACAAGUUGCCAGCAAAUGUGCUGGCCGUGCCGGACCUGGUGGAGGCGUCCAGCGACGCAGACAUUUUGGUGUUUGUGAUCCCGCACCAGUUUAUCGGCAAAGUGUGCAACACGAUGAAGGGAAAGGUUAAAAGCGACGCGCUCGGAAUAUCCCUCAUCAAGGGCGUAGACGAGGGGCCUGAUGGGCUGAAACUCAUCUCUGAUGUGAUCCAGGAGAACCUCGGCAUCACAAUGAGCGUGCUGAUGGGAGCCAACAUUGCCAAUGAGGUUGCUGAUGAGAAGUUUUGUGAAACCACUAUUGGCUGUAAGAAUAGAAACCACGGGACUCUCCUGAAGGAGCUCAUGCAGACCAGCAACUUCAGAGUUACGGUAGUGGAGGAAUACGAUGUGGUGGAAAUCUGUGGCGCCCUAAAGAAUAUUGUUGCGGUGGGCGCAGGCUUCUGCGAUGGUCUAGGCUUCGGGGACAACACGAAGGCGGCGGUGAUCAGGCUGGGCCUGAUGGAGAUGAUUGCUUUCGCCAAGAUUUUCUGCAAAGUCGGGCCCGUUUCUUCUGCGACCUUCCUGGAGAGCUGCGGCGUGGCCGACCUCAUCACAACCUGCUACGGCGGCCGCAACCGCAGAGUCGCUGAAGCUUUUGUAAAGACGGGGAAAUCCAUCGAGGAACUGGAGAAGGAGAUGCUGAACGGGCAGAAGCUGCAGGGACCAGCAACAGCUGCUGAGGUUUAUCUCAUCCUCAAGCACAAAAACCUGGUUGAUAAGUUCCCUCUGUUCAACGCCGUGUAUCAGAUCUGCUUCCAGGGCAACCCGGUGUCAGAGUUCAUCAGCUGCCUGCAGAACCACCCAGAGCACAUGUGAUGAGGUGAAACCGACAGAGUGCCUUCUCUACGGAAACGCCGCAGCCUCUUUUCUGUUCAAGCUCGAGGAGCACAACUCGUCAUGUUGCGGAUUUCGCGCGACGUGUCGACUCCAGGUUGAAGCUGCGCAAGGUCUAUUUCUGACAUAUCGUUUAGGGAUUUCAUCCCAUUUCCAGAUGUGAAGAGAAACUUGAAGGAUAAUUUCUGUCACCACAUAGCGGUCAGACAAAAAUGUUUUUAUGUUUCUAUGCUUGAUCUUAAUCAGAUUUUAUGGUGUCCAUUUUCAAUUACAGCUAGACUGAACUCCACUCUUUGUAGGACGUCUAAAAAAAUGUGACCUUUCAUUAUCAGUGUUUAUAUGCUUCUACAUAAUCUGCUCUGUUAUUAAUGUUUUUAAUAGUUUUAUUAUUACAGCAUUAAUGUAUCCGUCCAGUGAACCACCAUGAGUUAUUGGAUUACAUACUAUCUCACUAACUCUGCCCUCAUGUACUGUAAACGAAGGACGAUUUUAACCUGCAAAGCUAAUGUGCCUUAUACUGUAGGGUUGGCCUUGAAACAGGAAAAUCCAAACUGUGCAGUUGUUCCAAACUUUUGAUUUAAAACUGAAGAUUUUUCAAUAACUUAGGUAGAUUACUCCUUAAGGCAGCCAAUUUUCUGUUUGUCAGAAGACAAUUUUAAAUGUUUAACUUUAAUGAUCUUGUGUAAAUUAUUGGUCAAUGGUGUUAGAGCCCUAAUAAGGGACUUGGGUUUCUUUUAAAAAGAGCUGUGUUGUAUUGUCAGAUAACAUCCAUCCACUAUGCCAUUUGUUACUGUGAUUCAACCUAAAUAUGUUUCUAAUUUAAGACAAUAUGUUAAAGAAUAUCUUCUUUUGUCUGAAUAAAUCACUCCUGUUGUUGAA